AUGGAGGCGAAUCCCAAUGGAGACAUUGGAUGGACACAAAUCCGAGUCAUUGAGCUUGGGAACCUGUUCACUGUUAAUCCCCUCUCCAUCUCUUCGAACUUUGUUGGCUUCGCUGAUGGAGUCCUUCUUGUGGAGGCAGAUGGUAGAUUAUUCAGUAUUGAGCUGAAGACAGGCCAGCAUUGGAAGCAGCAGCAGCCUCUACAAGUGAGGAACCAACUACAGGUGCUUCAAGUGCAUCAGAAGCUUAAAGUGAUAAUCUAUAGGUUUCUCGCUCGAGUGGAAAUUGGGUAUUGGGCUGAGGGGUGCCCGGCGCAUCUGGGAGGGCUUCGGAGACUCGGCGGCAUUCGCAGUGCCAGUGGGGGUGUAGCGGGGGGUGGCGGUGUUCGUGGCAGGGGCAGGGGCUGCUGUGGGUACUUGUUCGACGCGCUGGUGCAAUAUGCGGCGGCGGGCGGGAACUCAACGCAGAGCAUGCCGAGCGGGAACCUGACGUCACGGCUGCGUAUCACCGCACUUCGCCGUCGACAGGGCUAUGCAACAUCACGCGGCUCAUGGCCUUCAACGCGAUUCGGGCUCCCCGGCUCCAUCCCGGAGUGGCUAGGCGCCGGGAUCGCGCCCACUUUCCAGUCCCUCGGGCACCUGCGGUGGGCCGCGUGGGGGACGCCGAUGCAGCGAUGGGGGCGUGGUCGCCGUGGCCAGGGUCCGCAGGCGGCGAGGCCGAACGCGGCGUGCGAGAUUCAUCCAGUCAGUGACGAGGAGGAACUCCACGGCGGCGUCCCGGCGGUAGGCCGUCUCCCACUGCUCCAAGGCGUCCGGCACAUCCUCCAAGGCCUCCCGACGGCGCGGCCCUCUUCCCUUCACUUUCGUAGAGCAGGGGCGCGGGAGAGCGCGAUUCUCCGCGCCGAAGAGACCCCGACGCGAAUUGCUUCUGUUCCGCUGCCUCCCUCUCAACCUUUGCUUUUCCUCACGAUCGCUAAGAGCCAUUGGAUCAGAUUUGAACGCAUCACCGAAUCUGCGUCCGGGCGCUACGGACUACGGGCUACGGCUCAAGGCUUGAGGGCAGCAGGGAGCAGGCAGGGAGGCGGCGGCGGCGGCGGCGUCCAGACUCCAGACAUGGCACAGAGAGAGGCCGACGCGCCGAGCGAGGGCACCGCCGUCUCCAGCGGCAGGACGGUGAAGCUCAAGGACAUGGUCCCGGCCGCGACCAACACGGUGAACACGACGUUCAUCGUGCUCGACAAGGCGGCGCCGUCGGCCCGCCCGUCCCACCGCCACCCGCACGCCCAGGCCCGCGACGGCGGCGGCGGCAGGGAGGAGAAGGAGGUGACGUGCCUGGCGCUGGUGGCGGACGAGACCGCGGCGGUGCACUUCCUGCUGUGGGGCGGCGAGUGCGGCGCGUUCGAGCCGGGCGACAUCGUGCGGCUCACGGACGGCAUCUUCUCGUACCACAGGGGGAACGCCCUGGUGUUGCGGGCGGGCCGCCGCGGGCGCGCCGAGAAGGUGGGCGAGUUCACCAUGCUCUUCGUGGAGACGCCCAACAUGAGCGAGGUCCAGUGGGGGACCGACCCCAAGGACGGCCGGAGGAUGGUGCAGGAGGCCGUCGUCUCGCCUUACUCCCAGAUCUUCAAGCCGCUGCGGUGA